UAUGUUGUAACCACAUGGUCCCGGACUGCUGGGACCAGGUAGAGGUACUAAUGUCUCCCGAGUUUGCUGCAUGAUCCUUUCGCAAAUGUAAAGCUGCAAAGAAUUUAAAUGUUCUUACGUUGAAAAUUAAUCGUGGACAUGUGACAUUCAUAGUUGAGCAAUCGUAUCACCAAUCAAUAAGAACCAGCGGGUGUUUGUUUGGCUACCAAUUGUUUGGGAAACUUUUCCACACUAGGGAAUAUAAUCUUUUUCAGAUCCUUUCAACACCACAUAUUGCACAACUUUUCUGUCUCUGCUGAUAAAGAUUCACUACUUCCAGCCAUCUCAAAUCCCUUUGCAAACUGUCCUAGUUUCUUACAAUUUGGUCAAUGGCCAACCAAGGACAUGACCUCCCUCUCUAUGAAAAAAUAUGGGUCAAGCGAAAAUUUCAAAGAGUGAUAGACACAUUGAUCUUAGUCCUCCUUCUCCUGCUUCUUAGUUACCGACUUUUCUCAUCCAACAACUUUACUUUCCCGUGGUUCCUUGCUUUCAUAUGUGAAUCUUGGUUUACAUUCACUUGGAUUGUGAUUCUCAACACCAAGUGGAGUCCUGCAGUAACCAUAACCCACCCAAAUCGUCUCCUGCUACGGGUACCUGAGUCUGAGUUUCCACCAGUUGACUUGCUCGUGACAACAGCAGACCAUGUACUUGAACCACCAAUCAUCACAGUCAACACUGUCUUAUCUCUUCUAGCACUUGAUUAUCCUACUAACAAGCUAGCUUGCUAUGUUUCUGAUGAUGGUUGUUCCCCUCUUACUUUCUAUGCCCUUAUGGAAGCUUCCAAAUUCGCUAAGUUUUGGGUACCUUUCUGUAAGAAGAACUGUGUACAAGUGAGAGCACCCUUCAGAUACUUCUCUGACAUUGCCACUAACAAAAGUGAAGACUCACUUGAAUUCAAACAAGAAUGGUUACAAAUGAAGGAUAUGUAUGACAAUCUUUGCCAAAAAAUUGAAGAGGUGACGGGCAAAACAAUUCCAUUCCAACUUGAUGGAGAAUUUGCUGUUUUCUCAAAUACAGACCAAAGAAAUCAUCCAACCAUAAUUAAGGUUAUAUUGGAGAACAUGGGUGAUCUUUUAGAUGGGUUGCCUCACUUAAUCUAUAUAUCCAGAGAGAAGAGGCCACAGUAUCAUCACAAUUACAAAGCUGGAGCUAUGAAUGUCUUGACAAGAGUCUCUGGGUUGAUGACCAAUGCUCCCUUUAUAUUGAACGUAGACUGUGACAUGUUUGUGAACAAUCCAAAGAUUGUUCUACACGCUUUGUGCAUUUUGAUGGAUUCACAAAGAGGAAAAGAAGUUGCUUUUGUUCAGUGUUUCCAACAAUUCUACGAUGGAAUAAAAGAUGACCCUUUUGGGAAUCAGUGGAUGAUUACAUUUAAGAACAUUAUAAUGGGAAUGGCAGGACUUCAAGGACCUUUCUAUGGGGGAACAAAUGCUUUCCAUAGAAGAAAUGCUAUUUAUGGCCUUUAUCCUGAUGAAAUUGAAAGCGAGAGAAAAGGAAAAUUAGAAGAAAAGAUAUUAAUAGAGAAAUUUGGAAGUUCAAAGGAGUUUAUCAAAUCAUCAGCUCAAGCUUUGGGAGGGAGUGCAUUUUCUGCUAAUGAUAUUACUACUUUCAACUUUAUUGAGGCAGCAACACAAGUUUCCAAUUGUGAAUAUGAAUAUGACACUUGCUGGGGUAAACAGAUGGGGUGGUUGUAUGGCUCAAUCUCAGAAGAUGUGCCAACUGGGUUGAAUAUUCAAAGAAAAGGUUGGAGAUCAGAGUGUUGUACACCAGAUCCAAUUGCCUUCACAGGAUGUGCUCCCGGAGGAAUACUCUCUACAAUGUUACAACAAAAGAGAUGGGCUUCAGGCCUCACUGUAGUCUUCUUUGGAAAGCAUUCUCCAAUUACGGGCAUGCUCUUUGGUAAGACCCAGUUCAGGGCAGGCUUGUCUUUUUUUUGGCUUACCAACUGGGGCUUGCGUGGCCUAUUUCUAGUUUGCUAUAUUGCUCUACUAGCAUUUUGCAUUAUUACCAACACCAAUAUCUUUCCUAAGGGACUAGGCCUUUGGAUUCCAAUUGCUCUUUUUGUGAUUUACAACGUACAUACUCUAUUAGAGUACCUUACAAUUGGGUUGUCAAUACGACAUUGGUGGAAUAAUCAGAGAAUGUGCAUAAUUAGAACCACGACUGCAUCGUUUCUUGGAUUUUUGAGUGCUAUGCUUAAGCUAUCGGGGAUAUCGGAUUCUGUCUUUGAAAUAACAGACAAGAAACCCUCAACUUCUGGUGCUGAUGGAAACAAUGCAGAUGCUGGAAGGUUCACAUUCGAGGAGUCCCCAGUUUUUGUGAUAGGCACGACCAUUUUGUUGGUGCAUAUGACAGCAAUGUUGAUCAAGUUUUUGGGGUUGCAACCUACUCAUAGUGGGAAUGGGUGUGGACUUGGGGAGUCCAUCUCUAGUAUGUAUGUGAUAGUGUGUUACUGGCCAUAUUUGAAAGGGCUGUUUGCUAGAGGAAAAUAUGGGAUUCCCCUAUCCACUAUUUGCAAAUCAGCAGUGUUAGCAUUAGUGUUUGUGCACUUUUGUAGAAGUAACGUUAUCAGUUGAUGACUUGAAAUUUCUCUUGAUAGUGUUCUCAUAUUUCUUUGGAUUAUGUGCUUAUUAUCUGUUAGCUAUUAAUGAAUGAAAGGUGCUAAUUAAUUUGGAGAAU